AUGUUUGCAGGCGACAAUAUGAACAGAGAUAAAUUCUUGAUCAUCGCCCUUGCCGUCGCGUGCGCACACGCGCUUCCUGACGUGUCGCACCUCAGGAGCGAAGCCGAUGUGCCGAUCGUCCGGUCCAACUUCGAUGUGAACCCUGACGGCAGCUACCAGUAUGCCUAUGAGACCGGCAACGGCAUCGCGGCUCAGGCUGAGGGAGUUAUCAAGAACCCUAACUCCGAAUACCCCGCUCUUGAAGUCCAAGGCCAAGUGAAGUACACAUCUCCAGAAGGUGAACCGAUAUCUUUAACCUACGUCGCCAACGAAAAUGGUUACCAGCCCCAGGGCAGCCACAUCCACCCGGUGCCUGAGGCCAUCGCCCGCAGCCUGGCCUGGAUCGAGUCCCACCCACCGUCACCAUCAUCAUCAUCAUCAUUCGGACCAGCGGCACUCCGUUCGCUGGUAGGCCGCUAAAUGGCAGUCGCACCCACGUAAGAGCCGUCCACAAAUGACGCGAGGCGAUUUAAUGAUUUCUCUUCCCCUUACCCUCCCACUUGGUGAGAGAUCGUCAGAUUUGUCUCGCAAUUCUACUUCGUCUUGUCAAUAAAAAUAUUAAGA